AUGUCCAACCGAGAAGAUUCCGUCUACCUUGCCAAGCUCGCUGAGCAAGCUGAGCGAUAUGAGGAAAUGGUCGAGAACAUGAAGCACGUCGCUUCUUCUGACCAAGAACUCACCGUCGAGGAGCGAAAUCUCCUUUCCGUCGCCUACAAGAAUGUCAUCGGUGCUCGACGUGCCUCUUGGCGAAUUGUUUCCUCCAUUGAACAAAAGGAGGAAUCCAAGGGUAACGAGGCUCAAGUUUCCAUGAUCAAGGCUUACAGAGAAAAGAUCGAGGCUGAGCUCGCCAAGAUCUGUGAGGACAUCCUCGAGGUUCUCGACAAACACCUUAUCCCUUCCGCUGCCUCUGGCGAGUCCAAAGUCUUCUACCACAAGAUGAUGGGAGACUACCACCGAUACCUCGCUGAGUUCGCCACCGGUGACAAGCGAAAAGACUCUGCCGAUAAGUCUCUCGAGGCUUACAAGGCUGCUUCCGACGUUGCCGUCACCGAGCUCCCCCCUACUCACCCCAUCAGACUUGGUUUGGCUCUUAACUUCUCUGUAUUCUACUACGAGAUCCUCAACAGUCCCGAUCGAGCAUGUCACCUCGCCAAACAAGCUUUCGAUGAUGCCAUCGCUGAGCUUGACACCCUCUCUGAGGAAUCCUACAAGGACUCUACCCUUAUCAUGCAACUUCUCCGAGACAACCUUACCUUGUGGACUUCAGACAUGACCGAGCCUACCGACAAAGACAAGGAUGCCGAGGAACCAAAGGAGGAAGCUGCCGCUCCUGCUGCCGCUUAA